GUGGCUGCGCGCGCGCGCGGUCACGUGACGCCGCGGCGGGCAAUUCCGAACGGCAGCGAUCGCACCGGGCGCUGCGUGUGGGCCCGGCCCGGCCUGCGGGGCGAGGAACGGGGCCUCCGUCGGGGCCCAGCCCGCGGGGUGAGGAACGGGGCCUCCGCCGGGGCCCAGCCUGUGGGUUGAGGAACGGGGCGUCCGCCGGGGCCCAGCCCGCGGGGUGAGGAACGGGACGAGGAACGGGGCCUCCGCGGGUUGCGCUGUGCGUGGUACCUGCUACAAUGGCCAUGCAGAUGCAGUUUGAAGCAAAUGCAGAUACGUCAGUGGAGGAGGAGAGCCUUGGGCCACAGCUCAUUUCCAGGCUGGAGCAAUGUGGCAUAAAUGCAAACGAUGUGAAGAAAUUAGAAGAAGCUGGAUUUCACACGGUUGAGGCUGUUGCUUAUGCCCCCAAGAAGGAGCUGCUCAAUAUUAAAGGCAUCAGUGAGGCCAAAGCUGACAAAAUCUUGGCAGAAGCAGCUAAACUGGUUCCCAUGGGUUUCACCACUGCGACGGAAUUCCAUCAGCGAAGGUCAGAGAUCAUCCAGAUCACCACUGGGUCCAAAGAACUCGAUAAACUUCUCCAAGGAGGAAUAGAAACAGGGUCCAUAACAGAGUUAUUUGGGGAGUUCCGCACUGGAAAAACACAGCUGUGUCACACCCUGGCCGUAACCUGUCAACUUCCCAUUGACCGAGGAGGCGGUGAAGGGAAAGCUAUGUACAUCGACACAGAAGGGACCUUCCGCCCAGAGCGCCUUCUUGCUGUGGCUGAAAGAUACGGCCUAUCGGGCAGCGAUGUCCUGGAUAAUGUGGCCUACGCUCGAGGUUUUAACACGGAUCAUCAGACCCAGCUCCUGUACCAGGCAUCUGCCAUGAUGGCUGAGUCACGGUACGCGCUGCUGAUCGUGGACAGUGCCACAGCCCUUUACCGCACAGAUUACUCGGGAAGAGGCGAGCUGUCAGCAAGGCAGAUGCAUCUGGCCAGAUUCCUGCGCAUGCUGCUCCGACUCGCUGAUGAGUUCGGUGUGGCCGUUGUGAUCACCAACCAAGUGGUAGCACAAGUAGAUGGAGCAGCCAUGUUUGCUGCAGAUCCCAAAAAACCUAUUGGAGGAAACAUCAUAGCACACGCUUCCACCACGAGACUCUACCUGCGGAAAGGCCGAGGUGAAACCCGGAUCUGCAAGAUUUAUGACUCUCCUUGCCUUCCCGAGGCUGAAGCGAUGUUUGCUAUUAACGCUGAUGGAGUAGGAGAUGCUAAAGACUGAAGGCUCCAUUUCAUUUCCCGUCUAACCCAGGACUCGGUGUCCGUCAAAGGCUCCUUUCCUCAUGGCACCUUCUGGAUGCUUCCGCAGCACAGCUGCUCUUCAGAUGCUGGGCGAGGACUCUGCUGUGUUUCAGCAUGUACGUCCCUUGCAUGAAUAUGCUGAGAGGUGUCACGAGGUGCUGCUUGGAAGAGAUUGACCCUCUUGGGCUUCAUUCACACAUUAGGUUAAUGAGUUUUCUUGGGAAUGCUUUCCGAGCACCAUAGCCUUGAUGUUGUCCUCACAGAUGUGAGGACUCUCACGUCUGGCUGGAUUCUACUCGUGGACACAGCGCGGUCGUCUAAGAGCACACUGUGAUAGUUCCCGACGUUGUAAAUUUGAGGUGGGUUUAUCCAAAAAGAAAAGCAGUGACUUAAAUACUGCCUGGAUGUCUUUAAUUAUAAAACAAAGCAGAAUGGCAUUCCUCGAUAAGAGUUUGAAGGCGUUGCUGGGAUUGGUGAUGAGGACAAUCCUUGUUCUUUAUGUUAAUCUUGGUUUGAUGCUGCAACGCUCUGAGGUUUGGGGACUGUUAAUUUGCAUUUCAGUGACUUCUUUUGUAUUUUGUUUUUUUCUGAUGGAAAUCUGCUUUUAAUAAAAAGGACCAUGAAAAUACGGGCGACGUCACGGGUUUCUUGGAGCGUGAAUCUUCAAUGAAUCUCAGUCUGGAUUGAUCAUCUCUGUGAUGUGCAAUGCGUGACGGAACCGUUCCCAGUGCCCUCUUGGUCUCUUUUACAAGGGUUUGAGGUUAAAAACGGUUCUUUUCUAUUAUGCAGUAUUUUUAUAGGAGCUGCGCCGUUGUGAACUGCUCUAAACUUGAUUAAAAAACAAUAUCGCAGUGGUGGUUGGCAGCUGAUCAUGUUUUCCUUGUUCUGUUCCUCUGGCCCAGUUUUUCUGGGACAAACAAAUGAGGAAGAUGCGCGGGGGCUCCAGUUGGCUCUUGCAGGUGCUGCAGUCGUUCGGGUACAGAAACAUUCGUGUGCAUCGAGUACUGAAGCCGAGGAGCUGGUGCGUUCUCUGCUCUCCUCUUCAGAGGGCAAUGCCUUUGCUCCUUAACUCUGCAUACCCGCAGGGCGGCUGCUCUUCCUCGUCCACAGAUGAGCACAAGAGCCCGUUGCUGUCACCACUGCCUGCAGCUGAUUUUCAGCAAUCAAAGCUCACGUGAAAAUGUCAAGUAAUUGGGGGGUUUUUGUCUUCUUUCUCUUAAACGCAGAACCUGUUUUGAAAGGUCUUUCUCCAGUUCUCUCGGGGUGUCGCAGGAGCAGCACACAGGUCCGUGUGUCCCUUGGGGCUUCUGUUAUGGGAAGGAAUCUUUGUUAAAGGUCAUGACCCAGCCCAAAACAGUUGGCUUGGUGGGGGUUCGAUGUGCCCAGUGCCUCAGUUUCCCCACUGAGCCCUGAGGCUGCAGCAUCAGCCUCUCACCGACACCUCCAUCGCCUUUGCCAACUCACGGUGCUCCAACUGGGGAGGAGACAAAUGGCCAAAGGACCUGAAAAGACAUUUGAGCAGCUUCCAGGACUGAAAGGGGCUCCAGGAAAGCUGGGAGGGGCUCUGGAUCAGGGAGGGCAGGGACAGGAUGAGAGGAAUGGUUUUCAGCUGAAAGAGGGGAGACAGAUUGAGGUGAGAUCUUAGGCAGAAAUGUUUUGCUGUGAGGGUGGCUGGAUUUACCAGCAGGAAGGUAAAGCCUCCGUAUCACUCGACUCUCACCCUUGUCUUGACCAGGAAUCCAAGAUUUUUUGGGUCACGGUGAAACAAAGGCUCUGGGAGGAAAAAAAAAAAUCUGAUUUUAGGGAGAGAUGGAAGCUCAGUCCUGAACGCCCCCAAGGGAAGCGACAGCGGGAGCUGCGUCUCUGCCGGCUUCCCGGGAGAGCCCUCAUUGGGUCCCACUCACGCCCUUCGCCACCCUCUUCUCCAGACUGGCUGAGAAGCCCCUCCACAAAACGCACCG